AUGCAGUUGUCAGCGCUGAUGCAGUGGGGAGACGUACUGCAGCUUGCCCACAUGCAGUUGUCAGCCCUGAUGCAGUGGGGAGACGUACUGCAGCUUGCCCACAUGCAGUUGUCAGCCAUGAUGCAGUGGGGAGACGUACUGCAGCUUGCCCACAUGCAGUUGUCAGCCCUGAUGCAGUGGGGAGCCGUACUGCAGUUUGCCCACAUGCAGUUGUCAGCCCUGAUGCAGUGGGGAGACGUACUGCAGCUUGCCCACAUGCAGUUGUCAGCCCUGAUGCAGUGGGGAGACGUACUGCAGCUUGCCCACAUGCAGUUGUCAGCCCUGAGGCAGUGGGGAGACGUACUGCAGCUUGCCCACGUGCAGUCGUUAGCCCUGAAGCAGUGGGGAGACGUACUGCAGCUUGCCCACGUGCAGUUGUCAGCCCUGAUGCAGUGGGGAGACGUACUGCAGCUUGCCCACGUGCAGUUGUCAGCCCUGAUGCAGUGGGGAAACGUAAUGCAGCUUGCCCACAUGCAGUUGUCAGCCCUGAUGCAGUGGGGAGACGUACUGCAGCUUGCCCACGUGCAGUUGUCAGCCCUGAAGCAGUGGGGAGACGUACUGCAGCUUGCCCACGUGCAGUUGUCAGCCCUGAUGCAGUGGGGAGCCGUACUGCAGCUUGCCCACGUGCAGUUGUCAGCGCUGAUGCAGUGGGGAAACGUAAUGCAGCUUGCCCACAUGCAGUUGUCAGCCCUGAUGCAGUGGGGGACGUACUGCAGCUUGCCCACAUGCAGUUGUCAGCCCUGA